AAAUCGUUCAUCGUUCAUUUCCAACGCUCGGCAUCUUCGCUCAACUUCCGUCUGUCGGCUUCCGCGGGAGAACGUCAUUUUUCAGCUUGGCGUCCGCGACCUCAUCAUCAUCGCUUUGCAUUCUCAACCCGGCGUGUUCGCAGGGGCGAUCACCCAGUCGCAUAACUGCCUGUGUGCUGCGGUACUCCUGUCGAUCCACGUCGUCGCCGUCUAAGCCGCAGUGUAUGACAGACGGUCCUACGUCUGCGAACUGUGAACUGCGCACUACUCACUUGCCAUAUAUCUGGUCCGUACUGAGGCACUGAUCGCCUCGCGGCCUCACAUCAGCACGACACAUUGUUCCCACACCGCUCACGAAAGCCUUCCCUAGCCUUAAUCACGGCGACUCCCACUCGGUUUGCGCAUGCACUCCCGGUCAGCCUGACCGGUCCACAGUCAACACGGCUCAGACAUGGGAUCUCCUUUACCUCCGGAUCCCUAUGAGGCCCUAGGAGUGCCCAAAGAUGCGACAUCAGCGGCCGUCAAGACUGCACAUCGGAAACUGGUCCUCAAAUGCCAUCCGGAUAAGGUGACAGAUCCCGCCGAGAAACAGGCCGCUGCCGACAGAUUCCACAAGAUCCAGAGCGCGUAUGAAAUCCUGAUUGACGAGAGUCGGAGAGAGCGAUACGAUGCCCAAGUACGUCUGGCAGAGCUGAAGAAGGAGGCCAUGGCGCGGUCGCAGGGUGCUGGAAGAUCGCGUGGCGCAGAAAAGUCAGGUCCCUCGCCCCCAUACAGGACCGCGCCGUCAGAAGCACCACGAGGAGCAUAUGCAAGUCGCGGUCCGGAGCCAGCACGCCCGACUCCUCAGUACGAAGAACGGAGGCCACCUUAUGCGGCGGACUACUUUGAUCCACAACCCAGAGCAACGCAGCGAAAAGAGCCUGAGCCCGAGCGCGAGCGGACUUCCCGGCGGACUGCUCACGAGGUCAAGGAGAGAUUCAAGAGUGCAGCUCAGAAGGCUAAGAGCGUCAAAGAACACGAAAAGGAGCGGAGACGCGAAAAGACCCGACAGUCAGACCGGGACACCAGGCAGGAGCGAGAGCGAAAGCACACGCCUUUCGUCGUUGAUGUGGAUUCUGACAGCGAAUCGGACGAGCAGGAAAUGCGCAGCCGACGCAUGCCCGAGGAAGACGAGGAACGCAGAGCGAGGGAAACAUACUACGCUCAGAUGUUCAAGCAGCGCCGUGAGGCAGAGGAAGGCCACUACGGCGAUGAACGCGCUCGAAAACUCUUCACCCAGACCAACGAUGUGCGCGACUACAUUGCAUCCUCACGUGGAGCUCCUCGCCGUCCUGAGCCAUCAGAUCGCGAGCGUGAACGCGAAAGGGAGAGAGAACGCCGUCCUUCACCAGUCCGAAUGGGCUCUUCGAAAGAUGGCGUGGAGUAUGUCAAGCGCAAAGAUGGUCGUCCAGCUGUCAUGGUUCGUCGUGCAUCCUCAAAGCCUGGAAAAGAAUCCAGCAGUAAGGAGAAAGAAUCGUCAAAGAAAGCAUCAUCACGCACUCCCGAACGAAGAUCGAGCGAAGAGAGGGUUGUUGAGAAACGAAAGCCUCCGCCACUCGCCACGAGCAAAUCCUCUCCGGCAGACAUUCACAUUCCGGAGAAACCACGCUCUGCUUCUGUUCAGAUCAAUUCUGAGGCGCCUCCAGUUCGACCAAUGCAAAGAUCUGAAACCAUGCCUACUCGCAAGUCAGAAAAUACAGUCCCGACCAAGAGCUCAAACUUCCGAUCCACGGAGCUCAACGGUGGAAUGCCUACGCCAGCUCCCACACCAGAGGAGUCAGCAGUGCCGACACACAAGUUUCCUUAUGGAAAGCAGUAUGCAGACGACAAUGAGUUUGCUACACCUGACGGCUACCGCACUGAGACACGGGAGCUCGAGAAGCCACCAAGGCCACAACGACCACAGUACACUCGCAAAACCACGCGCAGUCCUUCUCCGACGAAAGAAGCCCGCGAGCCUCUACGAGACAUGCGUGAGUCAAGAGAUAGCCGAGGCUACAAAGAUUCUCGCGAAAUGCCUCGCGAUCGAGAUGUACGUGAUCCAAGGUUGACGACUCACCGCUCAACAUCUGCGCGGAACUUUGCUACCACUCAGCCAUCGCCACCAAACGUACGCACCACGAGUUACAAGUUUAAUGGUAGCGGAGUUGACCCUUACGACAACUCACGUCCAAGCAGUGGUCGAGACACCUCGCCACGAGAACGGGAACCGAGCUACAAGUACGAUCAGCGGCUUUACGGCGAGAUUCCACGUGAACGCGAUAGUCGACCUGCUUCUGGAUCUCCUCGUCAAGCUCAUGGACCCCACGCUCCGCCUGUUGAUGAGGGCAUCAACUAUCGCAGGUAUCGACCGGAGGAUAUCAAGUAUCAGACCGGCUACAGCAUCAAACGCCCAAGUGUCGACAUCCGGCCGAGCUUGAGUCGGAAUGGCAGCGGUCAUGCAUCAUAUUACCAACAGCAGCCUGUUCGGGCUUAGAUCACUACACUAUCAUUUGCAUUGGAGAGAAGUAUUUUUUACUGCAUGGCACUACAGAACAUGAACAGCGAGCAUUACGGAUGAACGCAUGAUGUUUUUACAAGUUGUACAAUUCCCAGAUCGCGAGGCCUCUUCACUGAGUGCUGGUCUGCGUUGGGCAGGAUGUCUCAACAACACUUUCUGCAAAGGGCGGCGAGAUUGAACUGAACAAGGAGGAAGCUUUUUGGCUCGGCAUGGAUCGAAUUCUUCUUCUUCUGGUUUGGAGGGGAUGGAUACUCGGGGAUCAUGAACGCUAACCUUGGCUCCAUUAGGUGGAUCUGCUAAAUAGAAUAACAGUAACGAUUGUAAUGAGAAUAGGACAUCCAAGCCAAGAAUGGCUCACG